UCAUCAUCAUCAUCAUCAUCAUCCAUCAUCCAUCAUCCACUGUCAAAAUUUUUUCUCCGAGAUUUUGUUUUUCCAAUUGGUAUAAAACCAAAAACCCUAAUUUAAAAAAAAAAAAAAAUGGUGAUAUGAGAGGAACAUGGCUAGGGAACGCGGAACGAGCGCGCAACCAUGGAGGACGUUAGAGGAGCUCUUGCUAGUUUGCGCCGUGAACCGCCACGGCACCCAGAGUUGGGACUCCGUCGCCUUGGAGGUCGGGAGGCGCUGCUCCCCCACCGCGACGACGCUUCUCAGUGCUGACAACUGUAGGGACAAGUUCGCGGACAUCAGGCGACGUUUCGUAUCGGAAGACGACGACGACGGUUCGUCGGGGAGCCUGGGCGCGAUGGUUGACGAGCUACGGAGGCUGCGAGUUGCGGAGCUACGACGCGAGGUCCGCCGUCGCGACGUUUCGAUCGUGUCGUUGGAGUUGAAGGUGAAGAGGUUGGUGGAGGAGAGGGAGCGGAGCUUGAAGGAGGAUGCCGGGGCCAACCGUCCGAGCAAAGAUCUCAAACGCCGCGGAGACGAUCAGCGGGAUGGUUCGCCGGAGAACCUCGCCGGAAAAAUGAACUCCGGCGAAGACUUCGGCUCGGACUUCAAUUCCGACGAGCGCGAGAACCGAUCCUUCAACGAGUCCAAUUCGACGAGCCAAAGAGGCGAUGCUAAAGGAAACGGCGCGACGGAGAAACUGGCGGAGGAGCCCAGAACGGACGGAAACGAACCAGAUCCGAUUCGGGCCAAAAUCCGGUCCGAACCCGAUCGCGAUUGCUCUGUUAACGGUAAAGUAGCAGACGAUGACGACGAAGACAAUCAAAACAACAACAAAAAAGGCGGCGAUGAUACGGCGAAGGCGAGUCGGCUCGGCGAGUCGAGCGAGUUGUGGGAAUCGGGUGGCGAGUCAAAGCGGGAGGGAAAAAGAGGAAGUGGUGGCGCGGCGGCGUCGAGGCAGCAGAACAGCGACGUGCAGAGCUCGGCGAGCUUGUCGAAGAGGAAACGACGUCGUGGCAGAGGAGGGGAGGGAGGAGGAGGGAGUAGGAGUAGGAGUAGGAGCAGCAGCGGCGAAGAGGCCGAGGGUGACGAAGUAUCUCCCGCCACCAGCAAAGGGGUUAAGCAGCUCAAGCUGGUUAAACCUGAGCCGUUGAUGAAGGUCCUCAAGAUCAUCCGCUCUCAUCGGCUCGGCUCCGUAUUCGAGCGGCGGCUUCGGAGUCAGGAAUCAGAAAGGUACAAAAGUUUGAUUCGGCAACACAUGGACCUGCAUGUGAUUCAAUCCAAGCUUAACAAAGGCCUCUACACAGAGGAUUGCAUCCCAUUCUUCCGCGACCUCCUCCUCCUAUUCAACAACGCCGUCGUCUUCUUCCGCAAGAACUCUCCGGAGCACAACGCAGCUCAAGAGCUCCGCUCCAUUGUGCUAAAGGAAAUGAACGACCAGCUCCCGAACCCACAACCCGCGACCGGAAGAGUAACAUCCAACGUGCCCAAGAUCGAAACCAAAGCUCCCAAGAUCGAGCCCGAUGCCUCCGAGAAACCCACCAAGUCUUCCAUUGUUGUUUGUGGAAAGCGUGGUUCUGUCAAUGCACUAUCAGAAGGCGGUGCGAAGAGCAGGAAGGGAGAUAAGGUUGAAGAGAAAGCAAAAGCGGCGAAUGAGAAGAAGAUGGAUGGUGCUGCAUCUGUGAAGGUUGAGGACAAGGGAAUUAGGAGGAGGAGGACACAAGAAAGAGGCGGGCGGAGAGGGACAAGCACGAGGGGCAGGAAUGCAGCAAAGCCGACGAAGCCGCAUGAGUAUGGCAUCAAUGAACUCAGUUCGCAUGAUGGUUUAGAGGCUUUGGAAGCGGAGAAGGAGAAGAAAGAAAACAGGAGGAAGAAGCAAGGCGCAGCGAGGUUCUUGAAGCGAAUGAAGCAGAACUCGCCGAGCACUGAAGUGAAGAAGGAGACUUCGGAUGGUUCUGAGGAUGAUAGCGAGGAGAGCGAGGACGAGAAGAAGAAGAAGCCGACGACGAGGAGUAGGAAGAAGCCGGAGGUUGAGAGGAAUGAGAGGGUGACGCGGAGUUCAACGGGAAGUGGGGGAGGGAGGGGAGGGGGAAGAAGGUGUCAGGAGAGCAAUGCGAGGGGAAGAAGAGGGGUCGGGAGGCCACCGAAGAGGCCGGAGACUGCGGCGGCAGAAGUGGGGAGUAGGAAGAGAGGGAGAGAGAAUGGGGAGGCUGAUCAGGUGGGGAGUACAGGGAGGCGGAGAAAGCGUACAAGGAGGUGAAUGCGGCCAUUGUUAUAAGCUGUAAAUUAUUUUUGGCAUGGUUUGGGUUAAUUUCUGGUCUUGUUUUGUUGCUAAUGCUAGGUUUUUACAGUCUCUUUUUACCUUUUUACCCAAGAGCGGUCAAAAGAAUUACUAGAGAGGGAUAGGGAGAGACAGAGAUAGAUGUGCUGUGAACUUGUAGAAUGUUUUGGGGCAUCUCUUUUAGCAUAUACAGAUCCUGAUGAGUAGCAUCAUCGGUGAGGACCUUUUUCGUUCUA